UUUGAAACAAAAUCGAAAACUAUCCUCAAUAAACUAAUAAAACAAUGAAUACAGUAUUCAUCUACAACGUGAGAUUAUUUCUAGUGGUACGUAGCCUUCAAGCACCUGCACUCUGACUGACUAAUUGGCGGCGCCUUUGACGAAACACAUGGUAGUGACGUCAUCACAAUUAAAGAUGGCGAAAUAAAUGCGGAAGGAAAGAAAAACAACUUGUUUUUUAUUAAUUACGCUUAAAGCUUAAUUGAAAAUGAGUGACGACACUAAUAACGCGAGUGGAAACGAAAGUAUGGUUCGACAGUGCAAGGUUUUUUUGUCGACAGACCAUCGUGGGUUACUGUUUGACACUGUAAGUCUCUCUGAUAUUGCAAAUUUCGAAAGUUACGAGAGUGUUUUGAAGUCAGUAAAAAGAAUAAUUGCCAUGUCACAGAAAAUUGACGCAAGGAGCAUUGACGUCAGUGGUUUGUUUUACUACAAGAGGCGUGCUCGAUCAACAAGAAUGAAUCCAGUUCCACUUGUGACUACAACUGAUGUUUUCAGAGCGAUUGCGGAACACCCCUCGGGAGAAGUCCCAAUCGGUGUCAACUGGACAAGGCAUGACAUUGUGUUGGUCCCCAAAAAUAAUUCUAACAAGACAUCUGAAGUAAAAGAGGAAUUGUCAGACGGGGAAAUUCCAGCAAAGAAACGAAAAAUUGAGGAAAUGGAUGCUAGUGGACAGAAUGUUCCAUCGUUUGUAUACAACCCAACCACAGAAAUGCUGGAUUCAGGGCCAGCCAACCCUCUCAGUGUGAACCAAGAAGUUGAUAGGACCCCCACAAUCUCCCCCACCCCGUUGAUGGCAGGGUCUUCUACUACAUCACUACGCCCGGGGUCCAUUUCAUUAAUUUUACAGAAGCUGACAUCGGCAGGCCAGGCUCCCACGACUCAGGCACCAGUACCUGCUGAUGCAUUGGAUAAAGCAAAGGUCAAGACCAUACAUCCUAGUGAAGACACACCGGUAACCAGUAGACCUGUGCCAGUUUCAAAGGUUGUACCACCGAAACCACAGGAGACUAUCCGUAACCUGUCUCGUGUACCGGAACAGAAACACUACAGCUGGCCGACAGAGGCUUCCUGUGAGGUUUUGUUUAGUUACGAUGGUGUAGCUGAACGGAAGAGGAUUACCAAUAGUCCAUUAGCUGCUGUGAUUCAGCGUCUGGUACGAGGUGACUAUGAAGAUUUGAAGCUGCCUGUCGCAACCAAAAUUGGGUCCACAUCUGUCUAUGAUUCUUCUUUCAUGAUGAAUAGUGCCAAGGCCAGUGAUGGGUCGUCAAAUCCAACCUACCCAACUCCUAUACAACAUGUGAAGGAGGCCAAAAUGGAGAUAUUCAAGGUGUUGUCCAUGUUGUGUAUGACCCGGACCAUGUUUAAAGAGCUUCUUCAUUGGAUGAAAUCUCUUAAACUUGAGGAAGGGUACAUGGGAAAGUAUUACAUCUCUGAAAGAAAUGUGAUUGGUUCAGAAAAGCUGAGAGUAAUGUUCAAUAGUUACACGGACACUGAUCCAACAGUGCGAUUUCAAAACUGUCCAUCUCAGAGAGCGACGUCUAAAUAUCCUCACCAGUUGCUGUAUCCAAAUAUCCUUCCAAGGCCUGGACCAGGCUUGGGGGAACCUACAGGAGCAACACCACCACCACCACCACCACCACCAAUGACAGCAACAACAGCACCUCAAGAUAUGUCCUCCACUAUAGCGAAACACAAAGAGGUGGUCUCAUUAUUGACGGGAAAGUUGACUCCGGCUCCGAGUCCUGGGAACAAGCCACAAAAUAUGCAAAUUGUUCAAGCAUUACCAGAUGGUCACCUGAUGCUGAGUGAUGGCACUGUGCUAGUGCCAGUACCUGGAAAUCAAAUCAGGGCAUCUGAACUUAGUAAACAUUAUCCACUAAUUCCCUCCUUGAAUUCAGAGAGCUCAAAAAGUAGUCGAAGUUUGCCUUCAAUUUUACAAAGAAAAAAUCGACCUGUCUCAUUUCCGUCAACAGACACAUUGAGCAAAACACAGAAUUCUUUGGACCCAAAGACAGUUGGAGAGUUGCUAAAAUCACAGAAUUUCUCGGGAAUAAAUAGAUCUAAAAGUAAUUCAGACAGCGUGGAUUCAACAGAUCUAGGUUUUCAAGUGAAAACAAAUGACAGUGAUACAGAAUCAAACUCUGAUUUUCCAACAAGUAUGGUGACUAUUAAGACUGAACCGAUAGAUUUCGACCCAGGUGAAGGAGAGGGGAGCUUUUUUAGCUCUGGUUUACAUCCUCACGAUCAAAGCUUGGGUUAUAUGAUCAAAACAGAACCGCCUGAUGACUAUUAUACUUGAAAUAGAAGAAAAUAGCUACAUGAACGCCUUGGACGUACACCUUGUGUGUGUAUUGUAUGGGUCAUAUCGUGUGAUACCGGUGUCAAUGCCUUAUUUAUGAACACAUUAUAACAGUAUUGUCAUAAUCCAUAUCUAGGUAUAUUCACCAAAUCAAUCUAGGCACAUUUGAGUUUUCAUAUGUUGGGAUAUGUUAUAUAGACAGUCAUAAAUGUGCCCUUAUAUUGCUUGUAGAAAAGACAAUCUCUGUUCAUUUUUCAUGCAGUUUACAGGGUUAUAUAUGCAUCAAUAUGUAUUGCAUUGAUGCACUCAUGAUUUGGUAAGCAUGACAUUACUUGACCAAUGGAAAUGGACAUUUCAAACGUGUUCCUUUCCUUUUCACAGAUAUUAAAUAAUAAUUUAUCUCCAUAACUUUUUCCUGUGAUUUUUUUAAAUCCUAAAUUCAGAACAAUUUGAUGGACAGAAAAAUGUACUUACAAGUAUUUAUUAGUAUUUUUCAUGGAAAAUGCAGUUCUGAAUUAUUUUGUGUGUUCCAAAAGUGCUAAAGCACCAUGGUUUGCAAAAUUGCCCCCAACUUUAUAUAAAUACAUGUACAUAAAAGUUUGUGCAUGUCUUGUUAAGUCUGAAAGAGUUUACAAUUUUGUAAUGGACCUGUUAAUUGCCCACUCAAAAUCACAAUAUACAUUUUAACAAUGUUCUUGUUAACAGCGGCAUGAAUUGUUACAUUAACCAUACUUUAUGUUUUUAAAAGACAAAUGGUCUUUCAAUAGUACUGUUCUUUUUUCAGUAGGUUGUUUAUACUUUUUUUAUCAUGUACGUAUAUGUACAUGAACACUUUUACAUAAGUGUAUACUCGUUUCUAUUUACAUCUUGUUACUCAUUUCUUGUUUUGAUAAUUGUUUGCUUAUACACAAGUUAUUUCAGUUUUAAUUUUCUGAAUAAUAACAAAAUUAAUGUUUGC